AUAGGUAGUUUACAGUUUACAUGUGAAACAGUGUGCCGCUGUUUAUAUUCUUUGAAUUCCAAAGAAUUAAGCACUGAAAUUUAGAAGAUUAUUUUUAUUUUCAAUGAUUUGACUCGAAAGAAAGCAUAACUUCUAUUCUUAAAAAAAUGGCUUCAAACGAUGGUAUACCACCAUCUGCUGCAGUACCUGGGUUUCCACCAGCGACUCCAAAUAUUGCUUCUAGUUUUGUGCCACCUAUUAUGCCAACUGCACCUUUCAUACCUCCUCCUAGUCUACCCCCUGGUCCGCCGGGUAUAAUGCCACCACAAUUUUCUAUACCUCCUCCUGGUUUUAGUUUUCCAAUUAAUGCUGCUCCUCCACCAGAUGCUGGAGUUAUAGCCGCGCCUCCUCAAAUAACAGCAUCAGGUAUUCCUCCUCCAGCGCCUAUAGCAAGCGAAAUAUCUGGCAUUCAAUCUAUUACAACGGCAGAAAAGAAAACCGAGUGGACAGAGCACAAAGCUCCGGAUGGUAGAACAUAUUAUUAUAACAGUGUUACAAAGCAAUCUUUAUGGGAAAAACCGGAUGAGCUAAAAACGCCUAGCGAAUUGCUUCUAUCGCAAUGCCCUUGGAAAGAAUAUAAAUCGGAAAAUGGAAAAGUAUAUUAUCAUAAUGUAACAACCAAGGAAUCAAGGUGGACAAUUCCUACAGAAUUGGAAGAACUGAAAGCAAGAAUUGCAGCUGAAGAAGCUGCAGCAGCUGCAGCAGCAGUUGUUGCAAGCGCUACAAACACUAUAGUUCCUGUAGCCAUUCAACAUUUAUCACCGAACAUUGCAAUUACAAAUGCAUCUCAAACUAGUACACCGGAACCAGGUGGAAAGUCUGCGAUUGAACAAGCUAUGGCUGCAACACUCGCAGCAAUAAACAUUCCUACUCCACCCGCAAAGCCUGACGAGGAUAGUAAUUCUGCCAAGGGAUCAGCAAACGAUAGCCGCACCAGUACGCCUGAACCAAAAAUGCAAUUUAAAGACAAAAAGGAGGCAAUCGAAGCAUUUAAAGAAUUAUUAAGAGAACGAGAUGUACCAUCGAAUGCUACAUGGGAACAAGCAGUAAAAUUAAUUCAAAGCGAUCCAAGAUAUCCGCAAAUGAAGAAAUUGAAUGAACGUAAACAAGCAUUUAAUGCAUACAAAACGCAAAAACUUAAAGAGGAACGUGAACAAGAACGAUUGAGAUUAAAAAAGGCUAAAGAAGAUUUGGAACAGUUUUUAUUAGAAAAUGAUAGGAUGACGAGUACAACAAAAUAUUACAAAUGCGAAGAAAUGUUCGGUAAUUUGGAAGUAUGGAGAGCAGUAGGUGAUUCAGAUCGCCGUGACAUUUAUGAAGAUGUUAUUUUUAAUUUGGCUAAACGCGAGAAAGAAGAAGCAAAGCAACUGAAGAAAAGAAAUACCAAGAGAUUAGCUCAAGUUUUAGAUACUAUGACUGAUGUUACAUAUAGAACUACUUGGCAGGAAGCGCAAGCAUUGCUUCUACAACAUGCAGCUUUUGCAGAGGAUGCAGAUUUAUUGGAAAUGGACAAAGAAGAUGCCUUACUUGUGUUUGAAAAUCACAUACGGCAAUUAGAGAAAGAUGAAGAGGAGGAGAAGGAACAUGAGAAAAAACGUAGAAAACGACAGGAAAGAAAAAAUAGGGAUGCCUUUAUAAGUUUGCUCGAUGAACUUCACGAACAAGGAAAAUUAACGUCAAUGUCACUUUGGGUAGAACUUUAUCCAAUGUUAUCUGCCGACUUAAGAUUUUCAGCUAUGCUUGGGCAAUCUGGAUCAACGCCUCUGGAUCUUUUUAAGUUUUACGUCGAAGAUUUGAAAUCUAGAUUCCACGAUGAAAAAAAAAUUAUAAGAGAGAUUCUAAAAGACAAAAACUUUGAAGUGCAAGUUAACACAACUUUCGAAGAAUUUGCAACUGUUGUAUGCGAGGACAGAAAGUCGGCAACAUUAGAUGCAGGGAAUGUAAAGUUGACAUACAAUUUACUACUUGAAAAAGCUGAAGCACGUGAAAAAGAACGGGUGAAGGAGGAAACUAGGAAAUUUAAAAAAUUAGAAACAGGUUUCAAAAAUUUGUUGAAAACCCUUAAUGUUGAUUAUCAAAUGACAUGGGAAGAUGUACGAAGCAAAAUUGAGGAAGAACCUGACUUUAAGGCGAUCACGUUAGAAAGUGAAAGAGUUCGGAUUUUUAAAGAAUAUCAGCACGAACUCGAAGAAAGUUGUAGUCACCAUCAUAUUAGAAGUAAAAAGAAAAAAACAAAGAAAGUGAAACGAAAAUCACGAUCUCGAUCGCACAGUGAAUCUGAAGGUAGCGAUAAAGGUAUAAAGAAAAAACGUCAUAAGUCACGGUCGCCAAGUAUUCCUAGUAAAUCGGACAGUUCCGAGUCUGAUACUAGAAAAUCAAAAAGAAAAAAGAAUAAGAAGAAGAGGGGGCGCAGUCACUCUCGAUCACAUUCAAGGCUUCCAUCUUCCGAAGAAUCACCGGAACAAAAACGAAAAGAGGAAAAGCAUAGAAGACCUUCGGCUCACAGUGAAGGUUCUGUAACUGAAAACGCUGAGCACCAUGAACUAUCAGAGGAUGAGUUAGAAAAACAAAGAGCGCAAUUAUUACGCGAGUUACAGAUGCAACAAGAAGAUAAUUGA